AUUGUAGCAUUACCCAACUGAGUACUUUUCUGUGUAUGAAGUCUCUAUCAAGGGUAAUGCUGUGUACCAUAUAAUUUCUCGUGUCUAUAUAAUUUUGUUAUUAAAAACAGCUUUAUUUGUUUUCUCCUCAAGCCUAGCACUAUUGAACGAGGCCAGUCAGUCAUGUUUCCAUUUCCAAAAACAAUGAAAAUGCUUUUGCUUUAUUCAUUCUUUUCUGUUCUUCAUCAUUUUGUUCAUGCCAAAGCCCCUCGCUAUGAACUUUGCUCAAACACAACUAUUUCUACAACUAAUAGUAUAUUUGAUUAUAAUCUCGAAAAGCUUCUUCAUUCUCUGUCCUCAAAAGCCUCUGUCUCCAAGUUCUACACCACCAAGAUGGGAAAUAACCAAGACGGACUUUUCGGUCUCUUUCUCUGCUAUAACUUCGUUGAAGCACAGAAGUGUGAGAACUGCAUAGCAAGUGCAAUACAAGACAUCAAAAACCGUUGCGAAAACAGAAACGAAGCGGUUAUGUGGGAGGAAAAUUGCCAGUUGCGCUACUCCAAUGAAUCGUUCUUUGGCACCUUGGACGUGACAGGAAACAUUCCGCAAUACAACUCAGCAAAUGUUUCAGAUGAUGAACUAGGCCUGUUCAUUUCUGUCGUGAACGACACGUUGCAUAAGCUUAGCAGGCUGGCAGCAUUCAAUCCUUCAUAUGGUAUGUAUGCCACUGAAGCGGUGACCUUCACAGACACUAAAACAAUAUACGCUCUCGUGCAGUGCACUAGAGACUUGUCUCCAGAUGACUGUAACACAUGCCUUGAAACAGCAAUAGCAAACACUUCAACUUGCUGCUCUAAGUCUCGUGGGGCUAGACUUUUUAGCCGUAGUUGCUUCUUAAGGUAUGAGUUCUAUGCGUUUUAUGGGGAUGCAAGUAAAAGUUCAACAGAAAAUCAGAGGAUAUUUGCAAAAAGCAGCAGGUAUUGGAUGAUUGUUGGCCUUGCAAUUGGAUCAGCAAUUCUAAUUGUAGCACUUGUGGGAUUUUGUGUCUACUGUCUUGCUAUUAGGAAUCAAACUAAGACAAAGGAAAGGCAAGUUUCUGGCCCAGAAGUUCAAUUACAUGAAACUGGGGACCCCAGCAAGAUAGAUGUACAUCAUCAGAAUUUGCAGGCAAGGGACAACUUGAAUUCUCAGAAUUUCCCGUUCAUUGAUUGGGUGACACUAAGUGCAGCUACAGAUAACUUCUCGGCUUCAAAUAAGCUUGGACAAGGUGGUUUUGGUCCUGUUUACAAGGGUCAAUUACUUGAUGGGAGGGAAGUUGCAGUGAAGAGGCUCUCAAGUUGUUCAGAGCAAGGUUUAGAUGAAUUCACCAAUGAAGUUUUAUUAAUAUUGAAACUUCAACACAAAAAUCUUGUAAGGCUUUUGGGGUUUUGCAUAGAUGGAGAGGAAAAGCUGCUCAUCUAUGAAUACAUGCCCAAUGGCAGCCUUGAUGUCUUCCUAUUUGAUCCUAGGAAGCGUGCGCAAAUGAAUUGGAGUAGGUGUCUAAAUAUCAUCAAUGGAAUUGCAAGGGGAAUGUUAUAUCUUCAUGAGGAUUCUCGGCUUAGAAUCAUUCAUAGGGACCUAAAACCAAGCAAUGUGUUACUAGAUAGUGAAUUAAACCCAAAGAUCUCAGAUUUUGGAAUGGCAAGGAUCUUCGGAGGAAGUGAUGGUGCAACUAACACUGCUAAGAUUGUGGGAACAUAUGGUUACAUGGCUCCAGAGUUUGCAAUGGAAGGGUUAUAUUCCAUCAAGUCUGAUGUUUUCAGUUUUGGUGUCCUUUUGAUUGAGAUCAUAACUGGGAGGAAGAAUGCUAAUUUCCAUCUCACUAAGUGCGCUCCAAGCCUUAUAGCAUAUGUAUGGCAAUUAUGGAAUGAAGGGAAAGGGCUGGAAUUGAUUGAUCCAUUAUUGACGGAGUCUUGUGAUCUUGAUGAGUUCUUAAGGUACAUGCAUAUUGGUUUGUUGUGUGUUCAAGAAGAUACAUACGACAGGCCAACUAUGUCAUCGGUUGUGGUUAUGCUAAAAAGUGAAGUUAUAACUCUUAGCCAACCCGAACGUCCUGCCUUCUCUGUGGGGAGAUUCACUGAUCAUUAUGAACCAAAUGAUAAAGAUUAUUCUGUUAAUGAAUCAACAAUUUCUGAAAUUAUGCCUCGGUGAUUGAUUA